AUGAAAGAUGUAGCGUUUAAGAUUUGUGUUUGGCUAUCAGAAAGUGGCAUGAGAACUGUUUUUCUGACCGAGGAAAGACACACAGCGGUGAACGUCCAUCAGAGAAACACCAUGGGAACGCAACUGAUUUUUGUAACGAUCUGCAUUUACCUUUGUGGUGCUUCGGCUCAGGAUCUGGAUUCAUCUCCCGAGAUCCGUAGCGAAUUAAGGGAUCUAAUAAAGGGUACUGAGGAGUUAAACAUUGGAGUGGAAAAUGUGAAGAACGUGCAAAAGGGCAUCGAGGAGAAGUUCAAGCAUCAGCGGGAUGAGAUCGACCUUAUUGCUCAACUAGGGGUUGCGUUAGCUGUACUGGAUACAAAGGUUCAAGGCAGCUUCGAGGCUACAGGCUCAGGAGUGAGUGACUUAACAGCCAUCAUCAAAGCAGUCCAGAGCCAAAACGAACAGUCCAUUCAGAACCUCACCAAAGUGGAUCUGGCCAUCAGGAGUGCCCUGGAACAAGUCGCUGUUAAUCAUAACAAAUACGAGAAGGAUCUGGAUGCGGUGACCUUAUCCGUCAACUCAAAUCUAGCAGAGAUUCAGCAGUUAAUAUCGCAGCGCAUUGUUGGUGACCUCAUCGGCUUGGAUAACAAGGCUAAGAUUCUUGGGGAACAGCAGCGCAAUAUCAUUGGUCAAGUCGGACAUCUGGGAGAGCUGAAUGCCCUGGCUGAUCGUGCCAAUCGCAAGGUGAAUCAACUGGAGUGGGGUCUAGUCCUACUCAAUCGCACUCAGUCCGAAAGCCUUAGUGGCAUCGAAAACACUGUCCAUGCAGUGCAGGUGGCCACCUCCCAAAUCGAUCGCAAACUCGGUGCCCUGCUGGACAACCAGAAGAGCAUUGCAGAGACAUUGGAGGGCUGCAAGCGUAAAAGUCCCCCAAACCAAAAACCUUACGAGACCUGGACCCAUCCGGAAUAUGUCCCCAACUAUCAACCCAAACCAGAGGAAAAAUCGGGGUACGAGAGCAGCUAUGCCUCCGAAGAAGAGGCUGAACGACUUUACAAACUCUUGUAUGGCAAGGGCCAGCAGGAGUGAAGGACAUCAACUCACAAGCCAAUCCUAGCAAAUUUGCUUUCUAAUCCCUUCCUGUAGCUUAUUUUUGAACUUCUUAAUUUAAUUUAAACUUAAUCGAUCAUUUCCUAAAUGUAUAGUAAAUUCUUCUCAAUCAUUAUAUUUGUAACAUAUUG